AUUUCUCGGUAUCUUGGCGAAGACUCUGCAGAGACGGGUAUUUCUGGGCCGUGGGACGAGAAGACCAUCGAUUACCGAUUCCUGACGCUGUGGGAGGAAGACCGACAAGAAGCUGUUCAAAAACAGAUCGCAACAACAAGGAUCAGCCAUAAUCAACCAUCCAUAUCUCGCACCAUUCCGGCGGAACUUUUUCACCAGUCGACAUCGCAAUUUGGUCAUGUGUUGUUUCCAGCAUCCGCAUCACCAGCUUCACAAAUCCCAUCGAGCACCCUUAAAGUGACGGAAACUAUCUCAAAGAACCUUGGUGCCAUCGCACAGGCUCUGAAAACGUCGGCACCUUUACUUCUCUCUGGAAUGGCAGGUUCCGGCAAAACCAUUCUUGCUCGCACCGCGGCAGAAAAACUGGGCAAGCUUGAUUCGAUGGUGACACUGCAUUUGAAUGAGCAGAGUGAUGCUAAAAUGCUUCUCGGCAUCUACACUACCGGCGAGAGUCCAGGCUCGUUCAUGUGGAAGCCCGGUGUACUCACAACAGCUGUUCAGGAAGGUCGCUGGGUGCUAAUCGAGGAUCUCGACAAGGCGCCAAACGAGGUCCUUGGCACGCUCUUGCCUCUGAUUGAGAAGCGCGAACUGUUUAUCCCACAUCGGAAGGCUAAGAUCUAUGCUGCUCAAGGUUUUCGAAUCAUCGCAACGAUUCGAACGUCGAUUAAUCACAGAGGCGAGGAGACUCAAGCCUCAACGAAUAUGCUUGGUGCACGGCAUUGGACUCGGGUGCCUAUCGCCAUGCCCACAAUGUCUGAACACGCAAUCAUUGCCAGGUCUUUGUUUCCAAUGCUGGAGAGGUUUCUCCCGCAGUUCAUUGCAGCAUACGAACGCAUGGACGCAGACAGACGGCAGUCUUCACAGCAGAGUCAAAGUCGGACUGGGGUACUGCGUCCAAUCAGCCCUCGAGAUCUACUGAAGUGGUGUCAGCGAGUCUCUCUGUUGCUUACGUCGCGAUCUUCCAUCACCAGCACUGAAAUGGACGCUAUCUUCCUGGAGGCAAUCGAUUGUUUUGCUGGUGCUCUGCCCGACGGACCGAUGCGUUCAAGCAUCGCGAGCGCCAUCGCGGAGGAACUCCACAUCGAUCCACAACGGCGCGACUUCCUGCUGCAUUCGCGAGAGGUACCAUACAAGGUUGAUCAAGACAAGAUCACUAUUGGUCGGUACAGUCUUCCACGGUCACGAUCUACGAAAGCAAUAGGCUCGUUCUCCACGAAUCCACACACAACAAGGAUGCUUGAGCGCGUGACAGCAGCAGUCGCCAACAUAGAACCGCUUCUGCUUGUAGGUGAGACUGGUGUUGGCAAAACGACGGCUGUGCAGCACUUGGCGAACCAUCUUGGAAAGAAAUUGGUUCCGUUCAAUUUGUCUCAGCAAAGCGAGGCUGGAGACCUCCUCGGUGGCUUCAAACCAGUCAAUGCCAGAACCUUGAUGGUACCACUCAAGGACAGAUUUGACGAGCUUUUCGCGCAGAGCUUCAGUCUAAGCAAGAACAAGAAAUUCAUCGAUCAACUGAGCUCUCAGAUGGCCAAGGGCAAUUGGCGCGGCGUCUGCAAGUACUGGCGACUGGCUCUGGAAAUGGUUGCCCAACAGAGAACGACAUCGCCACCGAGAGAUGGAGAAGCUCCCGCAAAGAAGCGCAAGACAGCGACGUCGCAGGUGAUUGAUUUUCCUGCGUGGGACGCUUUUGAAGCUGAAAUCACGAGCCUGCAACGCAGACUUGGCGCCGGGACUGAUUCAUUCGCCUUCACAUUCGUGGAAGGCAAUAUCGUCAAAGCAGUCCGCAGUGGAGACUGGGUGCUCUUAGAUGAGAUCAACUUGGCUUCUUCGGACACGCUAGAGUCUAUUGCAGAUUUACUGGAUCCUGAUGCUCCUUCGUUGCUUCUGACCGAGGCCGGCAAUAUUGAACGUAUCAAUGCCCAUCCAGAGUUUCGGGUCUUCGCAGCGAUGAAUCCAGCGACAGACGUAGGCAAGAAAGAUCUGCCACCUGGGGUUCGCUCCCGCUUCACGGAAUUAUAUGUUGAAAGCCCGGACAAAGAUCUCAAUAGCCUUCAAAGCAUAGUGCGUGCAUAUCUGCGCCAAGAAGCUUCAGCGGACGCCGCUAUUGCAUUGGACGUGAGCAAGCUCUACCAAGCCAUUCUCGCUUUGGCAGAUGAAAAUAAACUGGUCGACGGUGCGGGUCAGAAGCCACAUUUCUCGCUGAGGACGCUCACCAGAACAUUGAGCUACGCAAAGCACAUUCAGCAGAUGUGUAAUCUGCGUAGAGCAUUGUACGAGGGGUUCCAGAUGAGCUUUCUAACAUUCCUAGACGUAGAGUCUGCAGCACUUGUGCAGCCUCUCAUUGUCAAGUUCCUCUUUGCAAAGCGGACCAACGUCAAGUCGGAACUCAAGAAAGCGCUACAACCUCCAAAAGACGGUCACGAGUACGUGCGCUGCCAUGACGGUAGCAAGCAUUGGAUACGAAAAGGCGCUACUCAAGUGCAGGAUCAGCUCCACUACAUCAUCACGCCCUUCAUUGAGCGGAACUUGGAGAAUCUCGUUCGGGCGGCCAGCACUCGGCAGUUCCCUGUUUUAAUCCAAGGCCCUACAUCUGCCGGCAAAACAAGCAUGAUCGAGUAUUUGGCGAAGAAGACAGGCCACAAAUUUACUCGUAUCAACAACCAUGAACAUACCGACCUGCAAGAAUAUCUUGGCACAUAUGUAUCCGGCAUCGACGGCCACCUUCGAUUCCAAGAAGGAGUGCUCGUUAAGGCGCUUCGCGAAGGACACUGGAUUGUUCUAGAUGAGCUCAAUCUUGCACCAACGGAUGUCCUCGAAGCCCUGAAUCGACUGUUGGACGACAACAGAGAACUUUUAAUUCCAGAAACACAGGAAGUUGUUCGACCACACACGGAUUUUAUGCUCUUCGCCACUCAGAAUCCAGCUGGUCUCUAUGGCGGCCGCAAGACACUUUCCAGGGCUUUUCGGAAUCGUUUUCUUGAGCUACACUUCGAUGACAUCCCCGUCAACGAAUUGCAGACCAUCCUUGAGAAAAGAACACGACUGCCACCAUCGCGCUGUGAACGCAUCGUCUCUGUGUACAAAAGUCUAUCCAUCUUGCGACAAGAGAGCCGUCUUUUCGAGCAGAAGAGCUUUGCGACUUUACGUGAUCUUUUCCGCUGGGCCCUUAGACCGAAUGACACGAUUGAGCAACUUGCAGUGAAUGGCUACAUGCUUCUCUGCGAGCGCGUACGAAAAUCAGAAGAGCGGUCUGCUUUGAAACAUGUCAUCGAGGAGGCCAUGAGCAGGAAAGGCCCUAAAGUCCGCAUUGAUGAGAAUGAGCUAUAUUCCAAUGAUUGCCCCGAGGUAAUGCACCAUCGGCGCCACGCCUCCACCCACGGCGUGGUGUGGACCAAAGCAAUGCGGAGAUUGUACGUCCUCGUGGCUCGUGCAAUCGCGAACAAUGAGCCGGUCCUCCUUGUCGGCGAGACUGGUUGCGGAAAGACGACAGUCUGCCAGAUGCUCUCAGAUGCGCUGAGGAAGACCAUGUAUACUGUCAACGCACAUCAAAACACCGAGACUGGCGACCUCAUCGGCUCGCAGCGUCCUGUACGAAAUCGCGCGGCCGUUGAGACCGAGCUUCGCGAACGUCUUCUCGACGUUCCACUCGGUGACAGCGACCGCAUUGAAAACCAAAGCACUGAUGAGCUGCUGAAAUCGUAUGACCAUAUGCUGUCCGCAAUGGAUGCCGAGGCGAGGUCGGAGCGCCUUCAAAGCACCAGUCACGUCAAAAUUGUUACUCUACGCACCAGAUUCAAAGCACUGUUUGAAUGGGUAGAUGGUAGUCUAGUCCAGGCUAUGCGUGCUGGUGAGCUUUUCCUGCUUGACGAGAUCUCACUCGCAGACGACUCUGUCCUGGAGCGACUGAACAGUGUACUGGAGCCCUCGAGAAGUAUUUUGCUUGCGGAGAAAGGUGCCCUUGACUCCUCUGUAACUGCGAGCCAUGGAUUUCAAUUCUUUGCGACUAUGAACCCAGGAGGUGACUAUGGUAAGCGAGAGCUUUCGCCUGCGCUCCGGAAUCGAUUCACGGAGAUCUGGGUACCUUCAAUGUCUGACAUGGACGACGUCCUCCAGAUCGUGCAAUCGAAGCUCGUAAGCCCAGCCCAGCCUUAUGCGAGUGCUAUGGUUGCCUUUGCCAGCUGGUUCAAAUCUCGCUUUGACACAUCUGCAAGCUCUUCUGUGUCAAUCCGUGACGCGCUGGCCUGGGUCCAAUUUGUUAAUGCCUUCGCACAGCACGGUCCUGUACCUGCUGUAGUUCAUGGAGCUGCUAUGGUCUACAUCGACACACUUGGUGCCAAUCCUGCUGGUCUCAUGUCAGCAACUUCGCAGAGCCUAGCUUUGGAGCGAGCUGCUUGCAUUCAAGAGCUUGGCCGCCUUAUGGUCGUCGAUGCUACGUCGAUUUACUUGCAAUCUCUGGAGCUAGAUAUCGAUGACAGCACAUUCAGGAUUGGGCCGUUUAACCUCGCUCGGGCGCCUGCGGCCACGAAGUCAAGCAUAUCGUUCACCUUUGAGCCGCCCACAACCAAGAUCAAUGCCCUGAGGGUGCUCAGAGCUUUGCAACUUUCAAAGCCUGUUUUACUCGAAGGUAGUCCUGGGGUUGGAAAGACUGCUCUCGUGACCGCAAUUGCAGACGCGGUAAAUAUGCCACUGACGCGCAUCAAUUUGUCAGACCAGACCGAUCUCUUAGACCUAUUUGGUUCUGAUGCGCCUGUCGAGGGAGCGAAUACUGGGACUUUUGUCUGGCGUGAUGCUCCGUUCCUCCGUGCCAUGAGGAAGGGUGAGUGGGUACUGCUAGAUGAAAUGAACCUUGCCUCGCAGUCAGUACUGGAGGGCCUCAAUGCUUGCUUAGAUCAUCGAGGAGAGGUCUUCAUUCCAGAACUUGGCCAGACCUUCUCGCGACAUCCGAAUUUCCGCCUAUUCGCCGCCCAGAAUCCCCAUCAUCAAGGCGGAGGACGGAAAGGACUUCCUGCGUCGUUCGUCAAUCGCUUCACGGUCGUGUAUGCCGACUCAUUUGCAGCUGAAGAUCUGAUGCUUAUUUGCCGGCGCAAGUUCUCAAGUAUGGGCGAGGCUUACAUUGCAAAAGCUGUGGAGUUCGUCAGUAAGCUCAAUCAUGAAGUUGCCGAGCGACGUGCUUUCGGGACGAGCGGUGGACCUUGGGAAUUCAACCUUCGAGACAUCACCAGGUGGCUCGGGGUGGCCGCAUCCCACACUGGUCUGCUCAGGGCAGGCAGCCCGAAGGACUUCGUGACCAUGUUGGUCUCUCAGCGGUUCCGAUGCGCUUUCGACAGGGACUAUGUUGAAAGUCUUUUCACGUCGACAUUCGAUGGCGAUCAGCAUCUGGCCGAUGCCUUCUGCAACCUUUCCAGAUCGACUAUACAGGUCGGACUCGGGCUAUUGCCGCGGAACCAGAUCAACGCAACAUCCUUCUAUGCCAACAUUCAUCGAGAGGAGCCUGCCUAUAAUCUGCGAGUAGUGGAAACAGUCAUGCUUUGCGUCGAUCAGGCCUGGCCAACCAUUCUCACUGGAUCGCCGGGUGUGGGCAAGACCACAAUCCUGGAAGGACUAGCUGCCGCGGUUGGUGCAAACGUUUUCACGCUUGGUAUGAGUGCCGAGACCGACUCGCUUGACCUCAUCGGAGGCUACGAGCAGUAUGAUCCUCAUCGACAAAUCGCUGCAGCGCUCAAUGAGCUGCGUUCGAAGCUGACCUGGCGCAUCAAGGUCACUCUAGCUAAUGGUUCCGGGACUGAAGCAGCCGCUCUGCGCGAUGCAUUGGUGAACGUUGAAGCCAGCCCAAAAAAUGCUUCGAAGCAUGCGGAACUGAUGAGAAAGCUGUCAGAUGAUGAAAGAGCGGAAAUUGCUCCCUUACUGAAUGUCUUGGCCAGCGUUGACGAGGCCAUAGACAAAGCACGGUUUGAGUGGAUCGACGGUCCGCUGAUCGAAGCGAUGCAACAAGGAAAGUGGAUGAUUCUCGACAAUGCUAACCUUUGCAGUCCUUCUGUGCUCGACCGAUUGAACGGAUUGAUGGAGCCAGACGGUGUGCUUAUCGUCAACGAGCACAGUGCUCCUGAUGGGAGUGCUCGCGUGGUCCGUCCCCAUCCUGCCUUCCGAAUUUUCCUCACCGUGGAUCCUCGACUAGGAGAAUUGUCGCGAGCGAUGCGCAACCGCGCGGUCGAGAUUUACCUUCCAAAAGCAGACGGUUCGACAGCAGUUACGACAGCAGACUUGCAUCCUGAAUCUGCGAUGACUCGGUUCCGAGCGUUUCGAGACGCUGGAUCUGCCGUUGCCGAUGAACAAGCAUUUCUAAUCAAGCAAGAUCAUCUCAGCCUCGCCGACCAGGCGCUUGCGCCACGAUUUUACACCCAGCUUCAGCAUGGUCUCUAUGGCGCAGCUGAGACCAUUUCACUCUACGCAGAAAGCGCAAAUGCACUAGAGGCACCUGCUGACUUUGCUUAUGCACAGGUCAGUAGCCAAUCUUUCCCAGUAAGUAUCAUUGCUGACGGUAAGUUCUCAUUGCAGACGUCACACCCUCUCAACAAUCAGCCUCUUGUGCAAGUUUCCGAGCAAUCUUUCAACAAGGCUUGGUCUCUUGCAGCCCGCCACGAUCUUAGCGUCUCUUUCUCGUUCGUAGCUAGAACAGUUGGCGCUCUCGGAGAUGAUCACAAGCUUUCAGGGCGAUUGACACGAUUCUGGAAAAGUGCUCGUCAACAACUCAAUGGUCGAGGCAAGACGAGCCUCAUUGAGAUUGCUCGACAGCUCAUCAAAGCCAUUCGAAAAGCGAUUGAGAGCUCAAAGCCGGUUCUCGCAGAGAGAAAUCGUAAUAAGAGAGCAUUCGAAAAUCUUCUCGCUUACAUCUGGGUCUUUGCACGCCUUCUUGCCGACGAGACACUAGACCUACCGCUAUUGGCAGCGUCUGCAUUCGUUGGUCGUUCAAUAUGCGCCAAGCAUCAGCAGUACUUGCCUCACGACAGCCUGCUCGCCGAGUUCCAACUGGCACUCGCCAAUCUGGGCGUCGCUACAGAGCCAGAAAGUCGCAAUGUUUUUGUUGCUUUAUGGGGAGCAUUGAUACCCAGUACCGCUAAGUCAUUUGAAGGCUUGCAGGCACUGCUCAAUUUCGAAGCUUUAGUCGAGGAGUUCGAUCAGUUAACAUCCGACUUCCGCUUACCUGUCAGACACAUUAUCGACCUGCGCCUUGCAUUCCAACGAUCACUGAACGUGAGUGCAUCCUCUAUAACAGAUCUAGAUGCACUUGCGGAAAAUGUGAGGCAAGCCAUGCCCAAGCCGGCUCCGUCUGUGGAGGGGGUCGACAAUGCUGUACAGCCGAGCCCACACUUCGCUGCAAGCUUUGAGCUGCUCUGCCAACAUUUUGCAGUGUUGUUAUUGGCGGAUCCAUCGAGACUGCAGCAUGAGGAUGCUGUUGCAAUAGAGGUGCUUGCUGGCAGAAAGACUACAGUUGGACUGAAGUGCUCCAGGAGUCAGCCGGCGGCGUCUUUCAUGGAAACGAUGCGGCUUCUAGGAUUGAACAUCCGCCAUCUACGGGAUCAUGAUGCGUCGAGUGGACUUCGUGACUCAUCAGUCUGCGGCAUAAUCUUGCGCGAGAUCCUGGCAGCCAAGGACGUCAGCUUGAAGAGUCUGGAUCUGCUUGGGGCCGAAUCGCAAAUUAUGAGCCAGACAGUCGCGUCCAAGGCCCAUCUUGUACAUCGAGAGACCUCACAGGAUCUGACCCUUGUUCUUCGUCGCCUUCUGGAAGAAGUCCUGCAGACAGUCGCCAAUGCUGCUGACGCCGGCGAUAUCGCGAGACAUGCAGAGCACCUUCUUCAGCUUCUGCGAGAUCGAGAGUCAGUAUCAAAGGUCAAUGGCACAACCGAAGUCUUGCCUAUCGCGGAUCAGCAUAUGGCGUCCAUUUGCCAUGACUUGACUAAGGCGAGCGACCACGUCCUUUCCAACCCGAGCAGCGAGGGAGCGGCUGCAGCUUGGCUGUACUUUGCCAUUGCCUGCUUGAGGAUUUACGUACCAGAGGAUCCAUUUGAUCCUGUGCAGGAGGCAGAGAUGCACGUGAACGUCCACGAACGCACUAAAGGUUUUCUGCAGUCGCGUUUGAACGCUCUACAGAACUACCGCCAGAAUCGGUGUGGGGAUGCAAAUUCACUUCGUGCUCGCUUGGUGGCAGAAGAACUUGAAGAGCUGGGCGACGGACCACAGAUUGUGCAAGUCUGUCGCCCUGCGCACAGUCAGCUUGUGCAGCUUCAAGGAGAUUUGCAAGCCUUAAGACGUGUGUUGGCACCACUGCUCAAUCAAGCGGGGCCGUUGAGUCCUCAGAUACUCGACGAAAAUGGCUGGAACAACUUGCGUGCCGUCCGCGCAAGGCUUGAAGACCAAUAUCGCGCGUACGCGGACUUGGCAUCUCCCGUGGUUGGGUUCAUUGAUUGUCUCUUUGUGGCUCGGGAUUUGUCUUUCGUGAAGCCCGAAGCUUCAGCACAAGGUACUUUGGCUCGCCUGACCCCAUUCCUGGGUGCGAAAUUGCAGGAUUGGCUAUCUGAUACGCCUUUCGCACAAGCCCAGCAAGUCUGUCGCUCGAAGGAUGAUCAUCUUGCAUGGCUCUCCAUCUUGGGCAUCCGCAAUUUCAUGGUUUCGUCGGCGCAGCCAUCCACAUCCAUCCGAAAAGCGGCAGAAGGCACCUUUGACCUUUUUUAUGAAGCGUGGCAGACAGAACUCAGCCGCGAUCAGAGAGCUGCAGCGGCAAAGUCAAGCCUGUACCAAUACCGGGGAGCAGAUGAGGAUUCCGAAGAGGCGACAGCAGAGCAAUUGAAUGAACUCUUCCCGAGCUAUGAAAUGAGCGGCAUCACUGCGCCAGCCAUUGUCGCCCAAGACCUGGCACCUAGGAUGUCUGAGCUCCACCAUGCUCUGUAUCGCGGCACGAACACUGACCCUGACAGAGUCAUAGACCUUCUUAGCGAAGUCGCCCGCUUACCAUCAUCCUUACGCCUCGUGAACACACCUAGCAUUGCGAACAUGCUACAUAAGCUCUCUACGGAACUCUCGUCGAGUGCGCAACGCAGCAGCAACAUCUAUUCUGAGCCCGACAUUGGUCAAUCUCGUGCUUUGGUGACGCUGCUCAAGCGAGUGCAAGUCCGGUUCGAGUCCAUCCACAGUGUUUGGCCCGAGCAUGCUGUGCCGAUCGAUAUUCUUCGCAUCUGCGAGCAGAUCUAUUCGAUAUCGUAUGCUGAGCCGCUAGCACGCUUCUUCCAACCAGUCGAAAAGCUCCAUGCAGCAGUAAAUGAGUGGCAGAAAGUGGCUAGCUCAGAGUACUCUGCAUUUGGAUUACUUGAGGAGAUCACCAAUCUCUUGAUCAGCUGGCGACAACUUGAGCUUUCCACAUGGGCUGGUCUAUUCCAGAAUGAAGACAUCAACGCAAAGAAGAGCGCUGCUUCGUGGUGGUACAUUGCGUACGAGACAAUCAUUCGCGCGGCCGCAAGUGAAGCCGAUGCAGGAAUGUCUCUCGUGACCUUCGCUCAUCAACUGAUCGAGACACUGGGCGGCUUUCUCAAUAGUUGCGGCUUGGGAGAGUUCAGCUUGCGCCUCUCGAUGCUGCGCGACUUUGAGGCUGAUAUGAAGCACCGAAGUCUCGAAUUCUCCGACCUGAGACCGGUACACCAGGCCUUGAUCAGUCUGAUCUCGUUCUAUUCUCACUUCGAGAGCAGCGUCUCGGAAUGUCUUUCCAAGAAACGCGCAGCUUUGGAGAAACAAGUCAAAGAGGUCAUUCAGCUGGCUAGCUGGAAAGAUCGCAACAUCCUCACGCUUAGCCAGAGUGCUAAAACAUCUCACAAGAAGCUAUUUCGACUUGUGCGCAAAUAUCGGAAUGUUCUCGGCGAGCCUGUCACGUCGCUUUUGCUUGGAGACUUUCCUCAAUCUCCAGCGACAAUCUCCAAAGGCAGCGUUGAGGCUGUGCCGCCUACUACGGCGGUCCAGGAUACGCAACCGCUAGCGAGACAUGAGGCCUGGUCGAGUCAACUUCAAUCGUUGCCGGCCAUUCUCCAGCAGCUUCGUGCCCAGCGUCAGUCUUACGAAAGCUUGUCAACUGCGCCUGCCAAAAUUGAAAAGUUCCUCGAGGAGCUUGAAGAGGAGGGCAGCGAACUCCGCAAGGCUACGCCAAGUACUGCCACCGAGGAGAACAAGACUCUGAUCCAGCAUCUGAAGACGCGAAAGCGCAGACUACUCGCGGAUGUGCUCCGCGAUGUGCGCCUCAUGGGCUUCCAGGCCAAUAUGAGUGAGGAUGUCCUGCUCCAGCAAGCAUCGCUCGCUGCAGUGUUGUCCAGGUCUUUGCCAGUUGCUUCAUUUGGCCAGACUGUCGUCGGUGACAGGGCUGAUCACGAGUUUCAUCGACUGGCUCAUGUCAUGAUUGCAGUUCGCGAAAGUUCUGUCAAACACAACGAGGAUCUGACACCAGCCGAGAUCGCACGCUCCGAGACACUUCUUGAAAGUAUACUUCAGACAACAAUCGAACAACGAGCCACUAUAUCAAAAGAGCUUGCAAAUUUCGCAUCCCUCGAUACCGCUCUGCAACAGCUCUCAGGAUUCUCAUUACGCGAAGGCCUGACUAUCACUGCCGCCAGACAUCCAGGCCAGGAUCUAACAUCAAAGAGCAGUAUUCUGCUUCGUAUGGUCCAGACAUGCGCUGUAUGCGUGCGACGCCAAGGCGAGCUGGCAAAGUCCGAUUUCUCAAAUGUAAUGGCGAGCCUUGAGGUGGCUACCGAAGCGCUCAGCAGCAUUGACACCGACAUUCGAAUGCAAGAAUUACCUCAGCAUAUUGAAGACCAGGCGAUCAGAGUUGCCGGAAUCAGGUUCGGUGAGGUAGUGACAACUCUGGCAGAAGCCAUUGUUGAACACUAUCGGCAACAUCCUGAGCUUGAGCCUGUGCUUGAUCAACUCGCAAAAUGGCUGACUACCGGUAAUUUCGCAGAAGACGCAUUGCCUGAACAAGCUCUGAGCUUCGAUCAGUGGUCAGACAUGCUUUUCAGCGCUGUUAAGCAAGUUCAGCAGAUCGUCACUGCGCAGCCCGGGCCCGGCCUCUUGUCAAAGAAAGCCUGGCUCAUGGAGAAUCAAGCCCAAGUUUACGAUACAAUGCGUGGUUUGAGUGUCCAGGAAGUGUCAGAGAAGAUAUCACGAUUGCUGAGUGGCGUUGCACGCCUGAAAAACCGGUCAUCGCCUGAUCUUACGAAGGCUGCCGAACUCAGCCGCGCCAUCCUACCCGUUUUGCAAGUCUAUGCUCACAAUGUUCAAUUGGUGCUACAGCAGGCGUGCUCUUUGCAUGUCGUCACGUGCAAGAUGGGGUAUCAGCUCUCCAUUUCAUUCAUCCAGCUCGCGCGACAGGGUUUCUGUCAGCCAUCCGAAAAGGCUGAAGACAAUGAGCAGCAACCCGGACAGGUGGAGAGUGGUACUGGACUCGGCGACGGUGAUGGUGGCGAAGACAUCAGUAAAGACAUUGGAGCAGAUGAAGAUCUCUCGGAACUUGCGCAGGACGCUAUCUCGAAAGAUAAGAAUGAGGAGACUCAAGCUGAGAAAGAUGCAGUCGACAUGGCUGACGAAGAUCUUCAAGGAGACUUCGAUGAAGAUGCUGGAUCCGACAGUGAGGAGGAAGGCCAGGAUAAGGAAGAUGUAGACGACGGAGAGCUUGACGAAGAGACCGGACAUGUAGAUACCGACGAUAAUGCUGUGGAUGAGAAGACGUGGGACGACGGCAAGAAGGCUGAAGAAGCAGAGAAAGAGGCAGAGAAAGGCAAAGGAACCAAGAACGAUGAUAUGACGGCAGCAGACAAUGCUGCGGGCGGUGAGGAAAACGAGCAGCAGGAAAUGGAAGACGGCGAGGACAAUGAGGCUCCAGAUGAUGGCAAUGCGGGCGUCGAUCAUCAACAGCCGGAACAGGCCGACCCUCACAUGCAGGAUGAACAAAAUCUCGAUCUUCCGGAGGAUAUGCAGAUGGAUGGCGACCAGAAAGAUAUCAGCGAUAUUGAAGAUGUCGAAGACGAUGAUAUGGAAGCCGUUCAAGAUGGCAAGGACUCAGAUGAGGAAGAAGGAUCUCGAGAUGAGACGAAAGACCUUGACGUUGAGAUGGGCGACGAGGAAGCGGACGAGGAACAACAGACUAAUGGAGAGACUGUUGCAGACGAAGAUCAAGCUGCUGGUGCCGAGGACCCUGAAGAGCAGCAAGAUACUGCCAUGCUUGACGACAAACCGGUUGAGCCAACCGAGCCAACAGAUGCUUUAGUGUCUGCCGACAGUGGCCAAGGUCAUGAAGAAGACUCUGCGAGGCAAGAAGGCGUUGCGUCAUCCACCGAAACGCAAGCGAAUGAGCAGGACGCCGAGCAACCGAGUGAGCAGACUGGCUCAGCAGAAGGCUCGAACAGAACCCAGGCCAACGAGACCUCUGGCCAAGCGGAGCCGGGGAGCGAAGACCAGAAAUCACUUCCAUUCAAGCAGCUUGGUGAUAUUCUGAAGCAGCAUUACAAUCAACACCGUCCCAUUGAGGCUGCCCAAGAGCCGGAAAGCGCAGAUCAGCCUGCUAGCAACGAGUUUGACAUGAACGAUCCACGAUUCGAGCAUCUACCAGAAGACGCCGACACGGAAAUGCAGGCUAUUGGCGCAGCGAAUGUGGAAGAUUCGAAGGCGUUGAACGAAGACAAUGCGAUUGAUGUCAACGACAAAGCACCGGAUACAUUGCCUUUGCCGAAAGAAAACGAGCAGCUGCAACUCGAGUCUGACGUAGAUGGAGAAGGCAACAACUCCGGCGCAACUGGCGAUAAUGUUGAGGCUGGCCUAAAGCGUAACGAGACCGUCAUCGGCAAGACCAACGAUGCGGACAUCGAUAUGGCUGAGGCCCCGGAUGAAGACAGUCCUGACAAUGUCGAAGAGGUUGAUGAGCAACUAAACAACACUCAUCUGUCUCCAGACGCUCCACCUUUGAUGUCAAUAGAAGAUGCACGACGAGCCUGGACGGAACACGAGAACAGGACUCGUAACAUGGCUAUUGUCCUUACGGAACAUUUGCGCCUCAUCCUACAGCCAACGCAAGCUACGAAGAUGCGCGGCGACUUCCGCACUGGCAAGCGCUUGAAUAUCAAGAAGAUAAUCCCAUACAUCGCUUCGUCAUACAAGCGCGACAAGAUCUGGAUGCGACGUUCGAUACCAAGCAAGCGCUCCUAUCAAAUCAUGCUGGCCAUCGACGAUUCACAGUCCAUGAACGAGGAUGAGCGCAAAGGUCUAGCAUUCGACACUCUUGCUCUCGUCGCGAAGAGUAUGUCGAUGUUGGAAGUCGGCGAGAUUGGCAUCGUGGGCUUCGGUCAAAACGUCAACGUCGCACACGACUUCAGCAUGCCGUUCACGACUGACGCUGGAGGUGAAGUAUGUCGACAAUUCAGCUUCUCGCAGACCAAGACGGAUGUCAGAAAGCUCCUGGAGCAGUCUAUCGAGCUCUUUCGCACAGCUAGAGCGCGAGCCACCGGAUCUGCGAGCGAUCUUUGGCAGCUCCAGCUCAUCAUCUCCGACGGGCUGUGCGAGGAUCACAAUGGCAUUCGACAGCUCGUGAGACAAGCUCACGAUGAGCGGAUCAUGGUCGUCUUCAUUGUCGUGGAUAGCGCGGCACCUUCAUCGGGUGCUGCCAAGGCUUCGGAAAAGCAGAGCAUUCUGGAUUUGAAUGAAGCCAAAUUCACGAUUGGUCCUAAUGGCGAGCCUGAUGUGCAGAUGGUAAGGUAUCUGGACACAUUUCCCUUCAGGUACUAUCUCAUUGUGAGAGAUAUCCACGAGUUGCCGAGCGUACUUGCUGGGGCUUUGAGGCAAUGGUUCUCGGAAGUGGUGGAGUCG